AAUAAUGAGUAAAAACGUAGAAGGCGACAAACGAUGAUAGAAAAUUGAACAAAUUAUUUGUGUCUGACUUUAUCAAUAUAAAAAAUUGCGAAAAAUGUACAAUAAUCUCCAACGUAAUUGAAAACGUUUACACAAUAACUGGCUUGAGCGUACAAAAAGUUAAUGCGUUAAAAUUGUAAAAAAUUAAACUUAAGACCAAAGAAAAUUUCACGAAAAGGGAAACGCAAUUAGCAAAAAUUUACAAAUACAAAAGUACAAAUUGAGUUAUUCGUCAUCAAUAAUUGCUUUUAAAAGAUAAAAUUUACGCAUUUGUGAUUUAAGCUACGUUGAUCAUUAUCAGAUUUGGUAGCAAACAAUCAAAAACCACAAGGCAUCAUAAAAAGAAAUAAAAAUCAUUAAAACAACAACACAAGUGGUGAUUGCCUAUUAGAAAUUUUUACAUACAGCAGCUACAAGGCAAAGGGUUUCGUUUAAUCACAGUCGGUGCUACAAGCAAAAAAGGACCCAAAGAUGUCAUCGGCACCUUACAACUACAACUAUAUCUUUAAGUACAUAAUCAUCGGUGAUAUGGGUGUAGGCAAAUCAUGCCUGCUGCAUCAGUUCACAGAGAAAAAAUUCAUGGCGAAUUGUCCACACACAAUUGGCGUGGAGUUCGGCACACGUAUCAUUGAGGUAGAUGAUAAGAAAAUCAAAUUGCAAAUUUGGGACACUGCAGGACAGGAGCGUUUUCGUGCAGUAACACGUUCAUAUUAUCGUGGUGCUGCUGGUGCACUUAUGGUUUAUGACAUAACAAGAAGAUCCACUUACAAUCACCUCAGCAGUUGGCUGACAGACACACGUAAUCUCACUAAUCCCAAUACUGUGAUCUUCUUAAUUGGCAACAAAUCAGACCUGGACAGCACACGCGAGGUCACAUAUGAAGAGGCCAAAGAGUUUGCUGACGAGAAUGGUCUCAUGUUUUUGGAAGCAAGCGCCAUGAGUGGUCAAAAUGUGGAAGAAGCAUUUCUCGAAACUGCACGUAAAAUAUAUCAAAACAUACAAGAGGGUCGUCUCGAUUUGAACGCUUCCGAAUCGGGCGUACAACAUCGACCCUCACAACCGGGACGAACUUCGCUAACAAACGAAGCACCUAAUACAAAAGAUCAAUGUUCAUGUUAAAUUUCGCAUUUUUUUCAUACACGUUACUCUCCUCUUUUUAUGUAUUAUUAUAUUUUUCCCCUCCCUCUUCUAAUGUUAAGUUUAAUUAUAACGAAGCAAAAUGAUGUGUAAAAACAAAAAAAAAAAUGCUAUUAUCUAAGUAAAAAAAAUAUUAUAUAUAUAUAUACAUAAAUGAUAAUUAUUACAAAAUUAUAUAUAUAUACAUAUACAUACGUUUAUAAAUUAGUAAACGUAAUAUCGAACAAUUUGUAGCGAAUUAUAAACAGUUGGCAAUGCUGAGAAUGCAAUGUGAAAAAAAAAAUUGUUUAAAAAAAAUAUUAAAGCGUGUAUGCGCAUUAUAGUAAACUUCUUGUAUUUCAAUACACAUACAUACAUACACCUGUGGUGCGUGUGUGUAGCAAAAUAAUUGAGAAAUUCCCCAACUACAACUGUUUUAGCCAAUCUACAGUUUUAUUGAGUACUUUUAUUGUGUGUAGGAACGUUUGGAACAAAAUUGUCGCUAUAUUUUAAAAAUCAUUAGUAUAGUCUGUACAUGCAAAUGAAACAAUAUCUUAUUGUGCGUAGGGUAGUUCAAAUAAAACAAGCGAUCUAGCUAUACUAGUAAAAUGUGUUGAAUAAAUCGAUAAAUUCUGCACAUAAGCAGAAAAAAGCUCACAUUCGCUUAUUUUACAAUAUUUUUGAGUCGAACAUUGCGCAAUGCAAGGAAAUAAUAUUUAAAUUUGUUCAUAAAAAGUAUAAAAUUUGUCUUGUUUAGCCUUUUGAAACAAUUAAAAUUACUUAAAUUAUUUAUAAACACUUUAUGUAUAUCAUCCAUCAACUGCGAGUAUGUUUUAGUAAUUUAAAAAAUAUAAUAAACGAAUUGGUCCAAGUAAAGGCAUCAAAAAGUUUUUUCUCGAAAUACAAUUAUAAAUAUACAAUUUUUUAAUAAAUGUAUAAGAAUAUAUAUAGUUUAGAAUAGUUCACUACACAUGUUAUUAUCAGCGCAAAAUUAUAAAAUAGAAUUAUCCAAAAUUUCACCCCACCUUAAAAUAAACAAAGUUCCGCCCAGAGAGUUUUCUAACUCUCCGUGUCGUAUAAUUUUGAUUACACAUUUAAAGCAACGUUUUUUUUUUUCAAGUUUUAGCAAAUAAUUAGAGAUGAAAAAAUUAAAUCAAUUCAAUUAUGUUUAAACAAUAAGUAAAGACCAAAAAAAUAUACUAUGUAAAUGGGCAAAGCUGUAAUGUUUCACAUAUUUGAUAGUGCUUGUUAAGAUUUUCGGAAAAAUGUCUACUUUAUAAAUUUUACUAUCCAUUAAUACAGUGUUCUAUUGCGAGUUAUUUAAAUUUGCAUGAUUAUUUCAGCUGGAGAAUAUUUUUUAUUUUUUUUUUGUAGAACCUAACCUAACCUUAAUCAAAGACCCCAUCAAACAAUAUUUAAAAAAUUGCCUCUUCCUUUGUCAUUUCAAGCUUUUCAUUUGCAUGUAUCAUAGUAAAAACUGAAAAAUAAUAAAAACAAACGUGUAGGUUUUAUGAAGAAAUCCCAUUUUUAGACUAUAUAAACAAAAUGUAAGAAGACACGUAAUAAAAUGGUAUUCUUAAAUCACAUAAAAAUAACAACUUUAAUUUUUACUGGGUUUAACUGUAUUUAAACUUACGUAAUGUGUUUACAUAUUUCAUGAAAUAUGACUUUCAUUGUCUUUUUACAUUUUCAUUAUACUUAUGAAGGUAUAAAAAUACAAAUUACUAAAAUAUAAAAUGGACAAUAUAAUGAAGCGAAUUACAUUCGAUGCUUCAAAGGACUUUUAACAGUGUGACUGCGUACCCAAAUGUUUACUAAAUUAGAAGCGGAUAUAUAAAAUAUAAAUUGUCUUUAAAACCAUUAGCAAAUGAAGAAAAGUUAGCAGACUACAGCAAAUACAUAUUCAUAUAGUAUUUUGCGUUUCAUAACCAAUAAAUAUAAAAAAUUUGAAAAAUAGCGCACAAGGUGCGUAAAAUUAUUGUUCGAGAGCUUGGAAUUAAUAAAAAAUUUAAUACAACUUUAAACCCAAAAAUAUUAUCUUUAAACUUGUUCAGUUUGCAAAGAGUUGUUCGUAUAAAAUAACCUUUAGUUAUGAAACACAUUGUUUUAUACAAAUUUUAUCUUAUAAUUAUGUUUGUUUAAUAACUAUAUUUCUGCCGUAAUAUCAGUCUAUAAUUCCAGUUUGCACUACUUAUGGCGCCUGACAUGUGUGCUUGUUCGUGUGUGUGCGCAUUUCCAAGUUUUCGCACAACACGCUUAGUGUCGCAAUUCAUUUGUUUUCCGUUUAUGCUUA